AUGUCGCACGCUACUCUCGAACAGCCUCUCGCUCGCCCACCCACCACAAUAUCCUGGACGACCGAGUACUUCACCAAGCCCCCACCGUACGAUGCAUGCGACAUAGCCGCGCUCAUGGCCGCGGCGUACGCCGACAAGUCCUCAUCCCAGCGUCGUCCACAGGAUGUUGCACCACUAGCAGGAAGCUUUUCGUGUGGCGCAUCCGCUGCUCCGUGGAUAUCAAGCCCUCGAAGAUCAGCUCUGUACCUGUCGAUACCUUACUUGCCGGAGACAAUACUCUCAGCCGUCCGUAUGCACCCUCCUGUCCAGCGCAUGCCCAACGAUCUGCUCUCGUCGAUCUUCUCGAUUGCGGUCCUGGACGAAGAAGACGACGACUCGCUCACCUUCUCAAACCUGAUGCUCGUGUGCCCGUGUUGGGGAGAGGUGGCGAUUAACUCCCCGAUACUCUGGACGCGCAUUGCAAUGGAGCGUGUCGCACGUGCAAAUGGCGACAGGAACGGGUUCGCGUACACGCACACCGACCUGAGCACGGUGGAGACGCUAGAAAUACUUAGUGGCGGAUCACAGCUUAUGCGGCUGGAUAACGAAUGCCUCGCAGAGAGGCUCGAUAUCGCCUGCUUGGGAUUCGCAAUCAUGCUCAUGCUCAUACUCCUGCUGCUCGUGCUCAUGCUCCUGCCCCCCCUCCCUGAGCCCUCUGUUGGAGGUGUCGAGAUCUUCUGA